AUCUCUCUCUCUCUCUCUCUAAUCUCUCUCUCUCGCUCGCCGGUUUUAUAAACCGGCCAUUACGCGAAUCGCAGAACGCGUGGAUCAGCCAUUUUGGAUCAGCAAAACAAAGCCUCUUGACCUUUCCUUCCUGUCCUCUCUGCCUCCCAUGCGGGCCGGCGGACCAGCUUGAUCUUCCCCACGCCCCCCCACCCCCGGCUCCUCUUUAAGCCGCGCUCUGCAUCGAAUCGAUCGCGCUAUUCUCUGACUUGACCAAGAUUUCGAGUCAGCCUUGCUGCUUUCAAUUGAAUCCUCCCCGAUUCCGCCGAGGAGCUACUGCUGCUGCUCUUGUGCUGCGAUCGCGAGCGAAUUCGAUUGGUGCCGCGUCGAAAUCCGAUACUGUUUUUUUUUUUUUUGGCUUCUUUGUGGUUGAAAUGGUCGGUUCUGAUCGAUCGGUCUCGGUCUGCAAUCCUUUUGACCACUUGAAAGCCAUGGCCGGCUCUUUCAAUCCGACCAAGCCGAACCGGACCCAUCAAUCCCACAGGAAUCGGAAGGUGCGCAGUUCCGCGAAUUGCGCGAGGGCUCUCGCCUGCGAUGGAUCUCGGACCGCCGCCAUGGACGUAGCCAUCCUGAUCGCCGUCGUCGUGGCCUGCGGGUUCCUGCUGUUUCCUUACGUCGAGUUCGCGCGCGUCUGGUUGACCGCAGCCGGCGGCGCGGUCGCGAGCGCCUUCGCGGAGGAGGUUCCCGAGACCCUGCUGAUUUACGGGUCCAUCGGGCUGAGCCUGUCUUGCGUCGCUGUCGCUUGCUGGCUGCUCCUGAUGUACUCGACCAGGAGAUGCGGGAACACGAAGUGCAAGGGCCUGAGGAAAGCGGCCGAAUUCGAUAUCCAGCUGGAGACGGAGGAGUGCGUGAAGAGCGAUCCGUCUUCCCUCAUGAAAGGCGGCUUCAGGAGGGGCAUAUUCGAAUUGCCUCGGGAUCACCACCGUGAGCUGGAGGCGGAGCUGAAGAAGAUGGCCCCGCCCAAUGGAAGGGCCGUUCUCAUAUUCCGGGCGCGAUGUGGGUGUGCCAUCGGGAGAUUGGCAGUUCCCGGACCAAAGAAGCAGCGAAGGAUCAGGAAGUAGGAGAACCAUUGCAGGGUAUUUGAUUGAAGAGGAGAAAUAUAUUAAUGCAGAGGACUGGGUAUUAGGCAGAUAGGACUUGCUCCUUUGUGGAGUCCUUUGAUAGGGGCAUACGGAUACGUUCCUAAAUAAAGCUCUUUUCACUAUGAUAAACAGGAUGAUGUAAAAAUUGUUCUGAUUUGAUGAUAUUACUGCUCGUUAUAUAGGUUCUCCUUGCUACGUUCCAGUACU